AGACGUUUUCGACAUUACUAAGGUGGCUUCUUUUGUGUCUGCUGAAUGAGUCUUGACUACGCCAUGGAUAAUUCAUCAACAAACAACACAAUUUCUAAGGAAGAGGGAUCUUUGUCCCCAACACAAAUCUUCUCUCUAGUCAUUUACUGUGCCAUUUUUGUGCUGGGUGUUAUUGGCAAUAGCCUUGUCAUCUAUGUGACAGGAUACAAGAUGAAGACGACAGUUAACUCUGUCUGGUUCCUGAAUCUGGCAUUGGCGGAUUUCCUUUUUACCCUUUUCCUCAUUUUCAGCAUCAUCAGUCUUUCCCUCAAUUAUAGAUGGCAUUUUGGAGAAUUCAUGUGCAAGUUCAACAGUCUUAUUCAAAUAAUCAACAUGUUUGCGAGUGUCUUUCUACUGACAGCCAUCAGUUUGGACCGCUGUUUGACUGUAUGGGUGGUGGUCUGGGCUCACAACAAACGUACUCCAAACAAAGCCAGGCUCAUCUGUGUGUUUAUCUGGCUCCUCGCCCUGGCAUGUAGCAUUCCCUUCAUAAUCUCUCGUAGAGUAGCUGAUAACAGGUGUAUAAAGACUGAAGCCAGACUCACAACCAAACGGCUUGCAGUGUUCCGAUUUGUGGUUGGAUUUCUGAUCCCGUUCCUCAUAAUCACAUGCUGUUACGUGGCCAUCGGUGUCCGCGCCAGACGAUCCAGCAGGAGGAAGAAGAUGAGGCCUUUCCUCGUCAUCCUGACAGUCAUCUUGGUCUUCUUCAUCUGCUGGCUACCCAUUCAAAUCAUCGACCUAAUUUUGACACAGCAGCUAUACAUUCACAGCAUCGACCCAACGCUUUUCAACAGUGAUGUGUACAACAUGGCACGAAAGAUCGCUCCAGUGGCAGCCAGCUUGGCCUUCCUGAACAGCUGCAUAAACCCUUUUCUGUACAUGUUCAUGUGUGAGGAAUUUCAGCAGAAGCUGAAGCGCUCAGUGUUUGUGGUGCUGGAGCACGCCUUUGCUGAGGAACAUCUGGUCUACUUCACCUCCCAGUUCUCGGUCACGUCGCGCCAGUCCGUGUCCUCUGGAUCAAACCAAAGAAAAGGAACUCUGGGUUCCCUGUUAGCCUUCUCAGGAACAAGACCAUCUGUAGGGGAGUGACACAACCUCAAGGGAAACCUCUCUGCAGAUGAGAUGGAAUUAAUGGAGCUGCUUGCAGUGAAUUAAUAAAUGGAAGAAUUUACCUGUCCAUUGCUGGCAUGCAGCUGCUGAUUUCGCCCUGGGCCGUUUAUUGGAAGUUGUGAGGUAGUUUGUUUUGUUUCUUCCUGCCUUGAGUGGAAUGUGCAGAACUAAUCUCCACUUUCCUAAUCAUUUCAAUGACAGAUAAUGACAAGAAAAUGAAGAUUUUAGUUACUCAUCAGCUAACCUGUUAUGUCUGUAUGUCAAAUAAGAUGCGCUGCAUUUCAUUAUAUACCAAAAUAGAUAAUCCACGUCGAGAUGGCUUUAACUGGCAUUUCAGUGCAAGUGUGUGUCUAGUCACGCAAUUGUGUAUCUGUGUACAUUCACUGAAAUUAAGGAACCGCAUGAGAUAUAAUCAGAUAUAUUUUGAGAAUACAUAAAAGAAGAUUAAAGAGUCACUUCGCCCCAUAACUCCACCCAAUUCACAUUUCUGAAAAAGGCUUUCAAAAUGGGCAAGACGUUCUGAAAUUUGGAGAGGGAGUGCAGCACUGCUGCAACCAAUCAACCAUGGUGAUUUCGUGUCAAUCUGGGAAUGAGUGCUGCAGACAUGGCUUAUCACAGGUAGGCUAAUCAGGGCAGCAGGUGUUAGGGCGUUUCAUUCCUAAUUUGUAACGACCCGGUGACGUAGUGUUGGACGAGAAGUACAGGACUUUGUCAGAAUUCCAAUAGCAUUUUGGACCAACAUGCCAUGGCAUGUUUCAAACUGUAGUAUGCGCGGAGAGCAAUAUCUCCAAUACAAAAUCAGAGAAAUGCUACUUUUGUCGAGAAACACGAUUUUUGUCAAUAUUAACCCUGGUAAUAGUACAGUUCACCACUUAUGAGUAUUUUCAAUCAAUCAACAGCUCAAAAAACAUAUUUUAGGGUGGUGUGACUCUUUAAGUAUUUAGUAUGCAGUAGUGGUAAUAUUAACCUGCCAUUUUCAUUGGGCACAUUUUACCAUCACUAUUAUAGCAACACCUCCCCCUACUGGUGGUUCCGCCACUUCACCACUUGGCUUUGGUUAGACUACAGUAGUACACUCAGAAUGAUGGCCUGCUAAAUCUUCCAUUCACAAACGUAACCCUAACUUAAACCUUUCACCCAAGAAAGUCUGUUUGACCAAUAAUCUGUCAGAGGGUAACUGCUCAUGGUAAGGUGAUUGUCAAGUAUUGUACUGCAAUUUGUUGUGGUGCUACAGUAGUAGCCUAUAAUAGAUCCAGAAAGCCUUGGUAUGAUUACUUGCAUGCGAUGAGAUCUGGCUGCUGUCGGGUGCCCUUCAAUAACACUCAGUUACUCCACACACAGGUCUAUGUUACAUUACACCUGCAGCGUUGUCGACCAAUUAUGCUUUUUUCCCCAUACUUGUCCGUUGUCCGUUUCUUAUGUGUUAUGGUUUGUAUAAUAUAGUAUUGUUUUUGUUAUAAUUAGUCCAUUGAUUGAAUUUGACAUUGUUGUUUUUAUUUUUGCUAUUCUUCUUAAAAUGAAGACUUACCAUGCCAUAGUUAUUGUUAUUAUAUGACUGAUUGAAUGACUGAUUGUUUAAUUGCUAUUCUCCCAUUCAUUGUUUAUUUCUCAGUAGGUUAUUGCUUGAAUUAUAUUGUUUAUUGAUAAUAUUGCUAUUGUUUUUGUAAUUGUUCACUGUUAAUUGAAUUGUGUUGUAAUUAUUUAUGUGCUGCUUUGGACAAAAGCAUCUGUAACAUAACAUUAGUCACUGUAAUUAUUCUUAUUUCCUUAUACAUGUACAUCCCCUCCACAACAACAUAUGCAUAGUAUGUUACAUGGGUCAGUCAGGGACAGAGGCUUCAAGGCCUCAUGGGGUAUUUAGGGACUGUGCAGUACUGUUAUAAUGGAUGGAUAAAUUAACCAAUAAAUGAACCAAUCAACAACUAACGUAAAUCUUCAAAUUGUGGCCAGGAUCUUUUUUUAUCUUUAAUUAUUGUUUCUGAUAGAAAUAAAGUAAAAGGCUAGCCUACUAUUGAAGUGGACCAACACUGUUCAACACUUAGCCUGUAGGCUAUCAAAAGCAGAAGAGUAUCCGUUUGGUUUGGGAUUUAAUUUACUUCAGGAAUAAAUCGAAAUAGAAUCCUGGCCAUAAUUUGAGGAUUUACGGUAAAAAAUUUAAAAAGGUCCAAAGGAAGGACCUCUGGUCUGAAGCUGCGGAGUGCACAAUACAAAACCUUGUGAAGACAAUACGCCUGUUCUGAUAAAACAUGCAGUUUAGCCUUAAAAUCCAAAAGUAAUUAUAGAUAUAUGAAGAGUUGGGUUCCCAAAUGCUUCAUUUUUAAAAAACAUUAUUGAUUCCCAUUUUGGACAAAAUUUCCAUGUCCCAGUUAUGUGUUUAGAUGUUUUAUAUUGCUUUUACAUAGAUAAAUGACAUGUCUUUUUUAUUUAUCUCUUUUUUGUGGAA